UCUCUCACAUAGCAGGCGAGAAAGAGCGAGAUAGAGCGAUAGAAAGAGCGAAAGACGGAGAGAGAGAGAGAGGGAGAGGAAUCCUGUGCCAAUGGUGUCUCCAUCUCCAGUGCAGCAGGGAUGUGAUAUUUCAAGAAUCUUAAUUGUGUGGCUGAGAGACAAGAAGAACAGCCUCAGCACAGGAAGCGUUUGACGAAGAAAAGGGUGGGGGGGGGAGAAACAACAAGACCGAAGACUGAAGAGAGUGAUUCCUCUUGCUGGGGCAGUGAGCCAGAAGUCCUCCGUCCAUCCCCCGCCGCCGCCGCCUUCGCCACCGCCAGGAUGUGAGAUUGAUGGCGUGACAACAAAAAGACCGUCAUCAUGCUCCACCACUGCUAUUAAAGUUGUUAGUAAAGGGAGGCGGCGUCACACAGCUGAGCUCCAUCCCAAUUUUCGUUUUCCAAAAGCGUUUUUUUCCUUGGCUGAGGUUUUCCACACACCGGUGAUGACAACGAUGCGUUUGAGGCACACGCUAGCGUCCUCACGCGCACCCUGACGGUCUCCAUAUCGCCCAUCUAUCACCAAAAACCUCCUCGGAAAGAUUAUGUUGAUGCUAUUGCGGUCGCAGUGUCUCCUGUGUGUGUUAGUCGGGGUCUUCACGCUCGGGGCGGCGGCCAUGCUGCCCCAAGCUCUGCCAUGGCACGUGCCCUGUCCGGAAAAAUGCGUGUGUCACAUCAAGCCGUGGUUCUCGCCCGACUCCGUGUACCACGAAGCUCCGACCGUGGACUGCAAUGACCAGUUGCUGACAAGUCCGCCAUGUUUGUUGCCGCUAAACACGCACACGUUGCAUCUCCAGGGCAACAAUCUGUCCGUGUUGGACGCCGCGGCGCUGCACGGGCUCCCCAACCUCACCGAUCUCGACCUUUCGCAGAAUCACUUCAAUUGUGUCAGAGCGGUUACGCAAAACCUGGCUCUGUCGUCUCUGCUGUCGCUGCACUUGGAGGAAAACCAUCUCAGACACCUUCCAGAUGCCUCCUUCUCCUCGCUGCCGGCUUUGCAGGAGCUCUUUCUCAGCCACAACGACUUGAGCUCCAUUUCGCCCGGAGCGUUCUCCGGUCUCGACUCCCUCCUGCGUCUGCACAUGAACAACAACAAGCUCACCACAGUGGAUCCGAAGUGGUUUGGAGAUCUGCGGCACCUUCAAGUUCUAAUGCUCGGAGGAAACCCUGUCGAGACACUUCCUGAGAAGGGGUUCUUAGCCUUGAGGUCCUUGCGUAGUCUGGUUCUCGGCGGUAUGGGUUUAAGAAGCUUGGCUGAUAAUGCUCUGGAUGGCUUGGACGCUCUGGAGAGCCUCUCCUUCUAUGAUAAUCUUCUCACUAAGGUUCCUACUCAGGCUCUUCAAAGAGUAAAAGGACUGAAGUUUCUGGACUUAAACAAGAACCGUAUAAAACUGAUCGAAACAGGUGACUUCAAAGACAUGGUCCAUCUCAAGGAGCUCGGUUUGAACAACAUGGAGGAGCUAAUGUCCAUCGAGAAGGCGUCACUGGAGAACCUCCCUGAGCUCACCAAACUGGAAAUCACCAACAAUCCUCGCCUCUCCUUCAUUCACCCGCAGGCUUUCUAUCACCUGAGCAGGCUCGAGAGCCUCAUGUUGAACACCAACGCUCUCAGCGCUCUUCACUAUCACGUCAUGCUCUCGCUUCCGAAGCUCCAGGAGGUCAGCUUGCACUCCAACCCGCUUCGUUGCGACUGUCUCUUCCACUGGGCGGCGCAGGUUGCGUCCCACUCGAGAACAUCUCGGAUUGUACGCUUCAUUCAACCUCAAGCGACUUUGUGCUCGGAACCCCGAGAACUUAAAUCUCGUAAAGUGAGGGAUGUGUCCUCCAGGGAGAUGUCGGCCGUGUGCAUCCCGAGUAUUCCCACCGCAUCCCUGCCCUCCAGCGUGGGCGUCAGAGAAGGUGCGAAGCUGCUUUUGCACUGCCGGGCUCUCGCUGAUCCUCAUCCUCAGCUUUACUGGGUCACUCCAUCAGGGUUGAGACUCGGAGCUGCGUCUGGCAACGCAACCGCCUCUAAACGCUACAACCUCUCGCUUGAGGGGACUCUGGAGAUCCGAAAGAUCACGUCGAGAGACGCCGGCUUGUAUACGUGUGUCGCUGAGAACGCUCUCGGCGCCGAUACACGCAGCGUUACCGUCACCGUGCAUGGCAAGGUGAACGCAAGAAAGAGAAGAGUACGUUCCAACCUUAAGAGUCGUUCGUUAAUUACGGAUUCGAAACUGGACUUGGUGGAAGUCGGCGGCCACUUUGCCGUCGUUUCCUGGCAAAAUAAACGAAAUUUCCCUUCCGCUCGUUUAUCCUGGCAAGCCGUUAGCGCAGAUGCGCGCGCGCCGGCGUUCACUACACGUAUCCUGGCGGGCACGCGUAGCUUCAACGUGACGCAUCUGCAAGCAGAGACGUUCUACAGAGUGUGUUUACAUUUGGGAAGCGACGACGGAGGAGGCGGAGCUAAGCAUGGAAGUCGGAGAAGCAAAACGAGCAGGAAAACUCAGUGCGUUUCGUUCGGGACCGAUAAAGCGGCGGAGACUCGGGGCGGCUUGCGGCUCAGCCCUGAGAUGGCGUCGACCGCGGCUACGAUGAUCAUGAUACUCGUGUUGAUGCUGAUGCUGAUGGUCGGACAUGCCGGACAUGGCGGACAGGGAUGGGAAAACGGAAAGCACAACGGCGCUUUUUUCCAGGAAAUGAAAAGUCAUAAGGGACUUAUCGAUGAGAAGCGGAGCGAGAAACUAUUGUUCCAUCACGAUUGCUGAGCUCGUCAAUAAUAAUCGAUAAUCGCAGUACUAUGGGAAAAGAUUUGUAUUUAUUUUCUAUAAAAAUAUGUACAGCAUCAUUAACAUUAUUAAGGAUACUUCAACUCCGACCAGGUGGAUUUAAACCACGAUUCAAUCAAGGGUAUUGUAUUGAAUGUCUCACGGACUUGAACCAUCGCAUACGCAAUAUGAAACAAAUGUCGAUAAACUGAAAAGUAAAAAAAAAAAAACCUGCUUGUUUUGUUCUCGUACGUUAAAGUGAUGGCUGCUUAGCACUCAGUAUCUCGGACUGGAUUGUAACACUUUCUAUCCGCUACUAUUCGUACCGCUAUACAAAACUUCCUCUUUCAUUCUUCUCCGCUAUUUCCAUGUGAUUGUGUCAAAUUCUAUUUUCAGCUAUUAUAAUAAAAAAAAAUUUCAUUUAACUGUUACCGAUGUCGUUUAUUACCAUCGUGAUGAGGCGGAGGCGAAAGAACACGCAGGCAGAUUUUCUUAUUGAAAUAUAUCAGGUAGGUAUGAAUACUUGGGAAAAGUAUUAUACCAAAUGUAGUACACAUAAAUACAAUAAAUUAGUUUUAGCUUGGCUUGGGUUACGGACGCAAACGUUUUUUUAAAAUUAAGGAUUAUUGUGCCUGUUGCGAAAUAAUUCAAACCUGCAAUAAAAGCCUUUUGUUCUGGCGAUCAAAUCUUACUGUUACCAUAACAUUACUGACACCUAGUGACCAGUGUACAAAACUACAUAUUUAUUUAUUUAGCAACGUUUAUGCUUGAAAAUGUUUAAUAUAGGCAUAAAAAAUGGGCAUCAAUAUGUUUUUCUUUUAAUAAUAAUAAUAACCUGCAUUCAAUCACAAAAUAGCAUGAUUUAUGUAUUAAUAUAUUUUUACAAACUAUGAUAGUGAAACAGUGAAAUCGCGAUGAGGCGGAGGCAAAAAAACACGCAGGCAGAUUUUCUUAUUGAAAUAUAUCCGGUAGGUAUGAAUACUUGGAAAAAGUACUACACCAAAUAUAGUAAACAUAAAUGCAGUAAAUAAGACAUUUAAGGGUUCAGAGUUAGCUUGGCUCGGGUUACGGACGCAAACGUUUUUUUUUUUUAAUUAAGGAUUAUAAUAAUUCAAACCUGCAAUAAAAGCCUUUUGUUCUGGCGAUUAUACCAUAACAUUACUGACACCUAGUGACCAGUGUACAAAACUACAUAUCAUUUAUCAUUUAUUUAUUUAGCAACGUUUAUGCUUAAAAAUGCUUAAUUUAGGCAUAAAAAAGGGCAUCAAUAUGUUUUUCUUUUAAUAAUAAUAAUAACCUGCAUCAAAUAUAGUAAACAUAAAUGCAGUAAAUAAGUCAUUUAAGGGUUCAGAGUUGAGUUUUAGCUUGGCUCGGGUUAUGGACACAAACGUUUUUUUUUUUAAAUUAAGGAUUAUUGUGCCUGUUGCGAAAUAAUUCAAACCUGCAAUAAAAGCCUUUUGUUCUGGCGAUUAAGUCUUACUGUUACCAUAACAUUACUGACACCUAGUGACCAGUCUAGAAAACUACAUAUUUAUUUAGCAACGUUUAUGCUUAAAAAUGCUUAAUUUAGGCAUAAAAAAGGGCAUCAAUAUGUUUUUCUUUUACUAAUAAUAACCUGCAUUCAAUCACAAAAUAGCAUAAUUUAUGUAUUAAUAUAUUUUUACAAACUAUGAUAAACAGUGAAAUUUGAAGCACUUUGUGGCAAGGGACUGUAAAUGUUUGCGUCUCUAGUGCGGCUAUUAUGUAAAAUGGCUUUUUAAUGCAGUUAUAGCAGUAAUGUGCGUCCCUAGAGUCGGUUUAUGAGUAUUAAAUAUAACAAUUUAUCAUCCAGCAAUCGCAUUCGAAAUUCCAGGCAUUCAUGCCGUUAGGAUAAAAAAAAAAAAAAAAAAAUCCUUCCUCAGAGACAUGAUGCAAACCCUGACCCGUUCCUAGCUCUACAAGCCUGGUCUGUGUUUAUGCCCACCACUUCAUAAAGGACAAUU